ACAAUGCACCCAGUGAACGUAACUGCAUCGUUGCUGGUUCUGCUGGCAGCCAAUGGCACCACGUUGCUCGACUGUGUCUGCAACCGCCUUGCAAACGUCAAAGGCCUAAAAGGACUCACUUUCGGUGAAAAAUUGAUACGGUGGGACUACUGUACACAAAGAAGUGAUUAUAAGCUGUACGCAACGUGUGAGAACCUCAGGCCGCCGUCCACCGUGGCGCAAGCCGUUUCAUACCUGAGACCGGCCACCUGGAGCUACCAACCACCGCUCUCUGCAGAUGGAGACCCGUGGCUCGUAGACGAGGAGCAGUGCGACGUCGUCAUGGCGGCGAUUCGUGAUCUUUCGCAGAACGAGGCGUGGGAACUCAGUAACCAGCUCGUGUGCCGCAUCGCUGCCGACUGCGUUCAUACCUGCACUGUACAGUGGUUGAACGACACGGAAUGGAACGCGACAACGCUGGCAGCGGAUCAUGUGAGGCGUCCUAUCCUCUCCCAAUUAGUGCACGCUGUUCGGCGUAUCACAAAAGCUAUACACGCCAGGAAAAAAUGUGAGGACAACAUUGAAGGUUAUUUUCUUUACAGGAGGAUGCAAACAAGUGAAAUCCAGUCCGCGAUGAGGGCCUACAUGGAUCAGAUGUCCAACUCCUGGCGAGAGUAUGUGCAGCUCCUGUCACAUGGCGUGACACACGCCACACAACUGUUCAUUCCCCUCGCGUUUGAAUACAUGGGUAACCACACGAACGAUGAGCAACUCCGUGGAUGGUUUAAGAACAUGGAACGUCUGAGGGACAUGCUGCACACAAAAUUAAGGGGUUGGGUACACGAUAUGACACUCAUCGGCGAGCAGAUAGCGAACUACAAGAUAGAAGAAGACAAGAACAGCACUGUGAACUACAUAAUAAGGCGGCCGCAGUUGACUGGUAAACUACUAACUCAUCAAGGGUGGUCUCCCUACUUUCGUGACGACUUCAGUGAGAUAUGCGAGGUGCAACAGCCACAGGCAUCGCAAAUGUUCGGUCUAGCUGACGCACUGUACUCCUUCUAUCAUUCCUACUGGUUCUGCACUCCACAAUAUUUACCUGUUAUAGAAAGAAGCCCCAUAGCUGCUGAAGGAGAAACCAAGGUAGACAUCAAUUGGAUAAUGAAGGAUGUGUAUGGGACAGCACUUCUGUCGAAAACCAUUGUUGUGGAAUGCUACGUCAAGUUCCUUGUUGGUCGCAAUUCGACUCAUGCACAUCACCAUAUCACAGAGGCCAUAAUGAAGAAGCUAUGUCAACUCAGGUGGGAGACUCUAACUCCAACCCUAUAGUCCUGAUGUUGAACAUCCUGAUUAAUAAAUUUGACUAUUAUUACAUAAGGAAAUGUGUUACUGAAGAAGUUCUUCAAUCAGAUUUUAAAUCACACAGACCAGCAGGAGAUAAGGAAUCAUAUAACAUGAAUUCUCAUUAUGUAAAAUAUUAUUUACAUAUUUUUAGCGACAAAUUAGUGAUUUGUUGCUAAAUGAAUUAAAACUUGAAUUGUGAAACA